AUGGCCACCUCGUCGAGUUUCUCCUACGCGCAAGCUGCCAAGGGGCAGGCGCCCAACGUCACAUCUGCGACUACGACCCAGUCGGCCUCAGCGCCGGAGGACCACAUUGCUGAUAUCAAAGACACCAUCAAGAACCAGUCGGCUGCCGACGAGCAGAGCCCCAAGUCAAAUGACGCCUCUCCAAAGGAUCGAAGAGGUGAAGAGGCCUCUGCGGCCGAGCAAACCGACUCUGCCCCCGCGCAGGAGAGCACUCCUGCCUCAACAGCCCCCACCGACAUGGGCUCAGCAUCCGCUCCUGCCGUGAAUGGCACUGGACGGGAUGACGACGAGACAACCACGGAGACCUUCCACUACCGCAGCGACAAGAGCGCCGCGCGCUCUUCCAGCUCCUCCACCCGCGUCACCGACGAGAACGACGGCAAGAAGGGCCAGCGCAAGGGUCGGAAGGGUAAGGCCGCCACCAACGGGGAGGCCGAUAAGAACAAGGACAAGGAGGCCGAGAAGGAAAAAGAGCAGCCCAAGAUCGAGCUCACAGAGGCGCCAAUGCCGUCUGUAAACAUCUGGACACAACGGAAGGAGGCCCAGGAUGCCAGGGUCAAGCCAAGCUCUGCGCCCGCAGGCGCUCAGACCACUGCUGCUAAGGCCGAUGGCUCGGUUGCCUCGACCGAAACGUGGGGCAACUCGCAGGAUUCCAAGAAAAAGUCCAAACUUGCCGACUCUGUCGACUCUUCCUCGACCAGUGCCGCCCAGACUGGACCUGCAAACGGUGUCAAGCAACCAAGAAAGGCUGCCGAGGAGGUUCGCACCGAGGGCGAGACAUCGAGGAGGACCGGUGCCCGCGGCUCGCGUGCGGGCGACAAGGCCGAUGCGCUGCCCCCGGUCGGCGAUGCUACCUUCUGGCCUACGCCUGAGACGGCUAUCAAGGACGACAAGCGCAAGCCCGCCGAGAAGACGGAGCGUACAGAGCAACCCGAGGCUCACGAUGACAGUGCCGGUCAGAAGUCGAGGGAGAAGAAGCAGUGGUCUCGCAUGGACUUUGUGCCGACAGUUAACUUUGAGACUCCUGUCCCUGCCAUGCGCGGUUCUCGUGGCGGCGGCCGCAACGGACGAGGCGGCCGUGAUGUCUCCACCAGGGGUGGUGGCAAUGCCACAUCCGCCAGUGCCGCGGACCGCAGCUCUGAAGCCCCUGCCGGCAACGCAGUCAAGGGCGGCAGCGACCAGCGAGAGAAGUCCAAGGACGGUGCCGCGCCUAGCAGGCCGACUUCCGUCCCCCCAUCGACCACCAGGCAUACCGAGGCGACUCGUCCUAGGGAGUCGAGGAAGAACGCGUCACGGCCUAAGGACGCCAGCGCUGGCGAGCACACUGCCCCCCGCGGUGAUGGUCGAGGGGAGAGGGGCGGCCGCGGCGGUUACCGUGGUCGCGGCGGGCACCAAAACGUGCCUCCCCACAACCAGCAAGGCUCUUUCAACGCCAAUGCUGGUGCCUUCGCCGCCCAGCCUGUGCCCUCUCGCCAUCAGCAGUUCACGAGCCCUCCCCUGCCCCAGGGCAACUCCUUCCCCCAGAGCUUCGGGUCAGCGAGGCCCUCUGGUCGUGGCGGCAAUCGGCAGUCUACCGCAUCGAACUACUCGCAUCGCACCAACGGCAACGGCAACCGCCCGCGCCCCAUCUCGACCUCGGGCAACAUGGGAUACACCUGGGAUUCUUACCCCAACAUGCCCAUGACGGCCCCUGUCUACCCUCCUCAGCAGGCAUUUGACUUCCACGUCAAGCCUGUUCUGACACAGCAGGUUGAUUUCUACUUCUCUCUGGAGAAUCUGUGCAAAGAUCUUCACCUUCGCAAGAACAUGGACUCGCAGGGCUUCGUCGCUUUGUCCCUCAUCCAUGGCUUCCAGCGCGUCUUCCAACUUUGCGGUCCCAACCUGCACCUUCUGCGUGCUGCUGUCGCUGAGUCUACGACUAUUGACUACGUUGUCGGCAAGGACGGGCUCGAACGCGUGCGCGCCCGCGAUCACUGGCAGAAGUUUGUGCUUCCCACAGAUCAGAGGUCUGAGGCCGCUCAGACCGACGGGCCUGAAUCCUUCCACAGCUACUCUCUCGAUCAGCAGGCGAUCCGUGACCCGGCGGCAACCGACUACCCUCUGGGUUCGCCCCCUCUCUACGUCAACGGGAUCAACGGCCAUGGAUACGACGGCCUGCCGCUGAUGAACGGAGCCUAUCACGGCGAGGCCAAUGGCCAGCUCUCUGCUGCGGUUCCCGACUUCCAGCCGAGCAGUGCCUUUGCGGACCAGCACCAGGAGCAGGUCAACGGCGACGUGAAUGGCACCACACCCGCCGCUCAGGCGCAGGUGAACGGUACGCAUGGCGAGUCACAGGUCGAGGCCCUCCAGUCGUAG